CUGAUCGCCUCGUGCUGUGAAAAUUGAUCGUGCUUUCUGAAAAUUCUUGUAACUGUUUUGAAUUUAUUGUGCUGUGAAUUAUAAAAGAACAUUAAUAUGUCUUAUUGUUGUGUUAAAUCUUGUGGUCACAAUAAAAAUAAAUAUUCGUGCCGCUAUCAUCGAUUCCCAAGUGAUCCAAAAACUUGCACCGCGUGGGUUCAAGUAGUAGGAGAAGAAGAUUUCCUAUAUCUCAAUAAUGAAAUAUUGCACCAGAAAAAGUAUGUAUGCAGUUGCCAUUUCGUUGAUGAAAAUUAUAGUUCAUCAUUAAAAAUGCAUUUGAAGUCUGCAGCUGUUCCAUCUAUUUUCAAUGAAAAGACGGUCUCUAUUAGUGACGAGAGUAUGAAGACAUUCUUAUCUCCGCAAAUGAUUGUUCCAACGAUUUCUGUUGUUACGCCAUUAAGUAAUAUCGAAAAUUUACACAUCGUGGAAUAUCAACCUGAAACUAGGAAAAGAAAAUCGACAGAUUUAAAUACGACUGAGGAAACUCCAAUAAAAAGAACACGUCCAUCAGCAGAAAUUGCUGAAGAAUCAAAAAAAAGGGUCAUGAGGUGUACAGCAAUAAAUAGUAUGACAGAAUAUAAAUCCGUUAAUACAGUACAGAUCCUAAAAAGUAAGCAGCCACUGAUUUUGAAGCCAUGUUCACUAAUUAAAAUAUUGGACGAAAAUUUGAAAGCCAUGAAUUUCUCAUCCGCACAAGAAUUAAUUUUAAACAUAGAAUUGUUAUUAAAUAAUUAUAAGAAUCAAAUUAAGUCGCUGUUAAGUAUACAACCAAGAAAAAACUUAUCGAAGAUGCUGGAAUACUUGGCGCAGAAGUUACACAUGAAGUAUCCGCUGUACUAAAUCUUCUGAGUCAAGAACGUGCAAAGACGAAAAACUUAGAG